UCCCCGCCCCUCGGUCACGCCCGGCCCAAGGUCUGUAUCCUGUAGUGCCUUCGCCAUUUGGGGUGACAAUGCUGCAUUCCGGUUCCUGGUGCCGAUUGGCCGCGCUUAAAGUGACACAGAUGAGCGAGGUCCACCCUUUAAGGGUGGAAAGAGAUAAGACCCACCCUCCACUCCACCCCCGCGCACAAAAGAGGCUGUGAAUAAAUGGAGAGCGCUGUGGUUACUUUUGUCGUGAUCUUAAGCCGACCACAAACUGUCCUGCGUCGGGGUGAACUGAUUGGAAAGGGGCCGGCGCUCCAGAAGGAUGACAGCAACGUGGCUUGUUCCGAGAACUCCAAGAAAUGCCGUCAGGGUGGAGUGUCUAGCUUACGACAGAGAGUAGUAGGAAGGCGGAAGAGAAAAGUCCAGGACAAAGCCCUCUGGGAGACUGGGUCCAGAGGAGAAGCCCAGUGUGGGACGCCCAACAGCGAAGUCAAGAACAUUGCCCCACCUCGGGGACAAACAGGCUGGAGACCAGGAUUUAAGGAUCAUUUGAGAUGUCGGAUUCCCUGGUGGUGUGUGAAGUGGACCCGGAGCUAAAGGAAAAGCUGAGGAAAUUCCGUUUCCGAAAAGAGACCAACAAUGCAGCCAUCAUAAUGAAAGUGGACAAGGACCGGCAGAUGGUGGUGCUGGAGGAAGAAUUCCAGAACAUUUCCCCAGAGGAACUUAGGUCGGAGUUGCCAGAGAGACAGCCCAGGUUUGUGGUCUACAGCUACAAGUACUCGCAUGCCGAUGGCAGGGUGUCCUACCCUCUGUGUUUCAUCUUCUCCAGCCCUGUGGGCUGCAAGCCUGAGCAACAGAUGAUGUACGCGGGGAGUAAAAACAGGCUGGUGCAGACGGCGGAGCUUACAAAGGUGUUGGCCGACAGUCCCCGCGGUUCCAACUUAUGGCCAGCAGGGGGCGGACGUUUCUACUGGAACCAAGCUGGCCCCAGGAGGAAAAGACACCUGUUUCUCAGAAACCACGGGAGGGGACUAUGGGGCUUCCUGGGAUGGAAUGGGAAACGGGUGGCCUGCGUCCUUUUAAGGAAUUUUGGGGAAUGUUCGAAUCCGUGAAGGGGUCACUCUUAAGGGGGAAAAGGCCCCUGAGAAGAGAGUUUGGUACCCCUCUCCUCACCUCUUCUCCCGCUCUGGGGCUAGAAGGUAUCUUCUGGCACUAAAUGCUACGUUUCUCAGCCGAUCCCUCAGGUAGGAAGAAGUUAAAGACAAACAAACAAACAAACAAACAAAUAAAUAAAUAAAUAAAAUAAAAAAAAUCAAAAGAUCUGGCACCAGGAGGAUGCUGGGAGAUGGAUGGUUUAGAGGUUGGACAAGCCUGAAGACCCAGGACUAUGGGAGGUGAAGAAGAUUCAGGACUGUCAGUGAACCCCAGAGGACUUGAAGAGUCAGGGAAAGGGAGGCUCCCCCCACACUUGUCUUUUCUCUUUCUUUUUUUCCAGCACCUCUGGGCACUGGAUUCCCUCGGACCUCUGUCUCUCUUUGAAGGACAUUGACUGAGCACUCAGGGUUUACAGGGCUCUGAGAUGGGCAGUCAUGACAGAGAUGGCUCAUACUUCCCGGUCCCUUCUCCCACUGUCUCCCAUGUUUUCUCAGUCCUCACACCCGGGGGCCCCUGGAACUCCCUCCCUCCACCUCUCUCCAGGUUCCCUGUUGAGAGGUGGCCGUUGCCAUGGUAACAAUGACAGAGUGACCUUGGGCCUGGGCCGUCCCUCCCCCGAGCCCUGGUGCUCCUAGGGGCGGGCCUAAAAGGGAAUUCAUACCUUGCCUCUCCCUCCCAGCCGUCAGAUUCUUCACCUCAUUCUGCCCCUUCCAUCCCUGUCCCCUCGUCUCCAGUCAAGACAAGCCCUCCACGGAGAAGUUCUGCAUGGAAUAUCUCUAUGCUGGGCUGUGCAGAAAUGCCUUUAUCCAUCCAUGUUCUGGGGGCUUUGGAUCAAGUUUGUCUCCUUCCUGCUGGAGGCCCCACUCCACCCACAUUACUUUUUUUUUUUUCCCUCUUGGAAUUUUGAGACAGGGUUUCUCUGUGUAGCCCUGGCUGUCCUGAACUCACUCUGUAGACCAGGCUGGUCUCGAACUCAGAGAUCCUUCCUCCCAGGUACUGGGAUCAACAGUACCACAUCACUUCUGAUCAUGGUGGGAAGGAGAGGUCUGGGGACAAGAGGGGGUAUGCAGUGAAUGAACCCCUGGCUUGCCAGGAUUAGAGAGGAAAUGACACUUGUCCAAGGUCACACACUCACAACCUCCGAUGCAUAACAAGGAUUUGUAGCAGCCAUACAGGCAUCGGCUUAAUUCUUAAGAAACUGAGGCACAGAAGCCGAAGCCACAGACUAUUCCAUGUCCAAGGGUCAUACCUCACUGUUUUAGGCAAGAGUCUCAGCAGCCAUCUUUCCCUUCUCCCUCCUCCCUACCCUAUCCUUCAGAGUUUAACUUGCUUAUAGGUUGUCACUGUAAAUAAAUCCAGUCAGAAAAGGUCAUGUAUGGGACUUGCCCAAUCAAGAGCAGAUUUGGAAAGCAAGGACCAAUCAGAGGGUCCAGAACAGAUUAUCCAAUGAAGAGUCAGUAUAAUGGGGGUGGGUGUUUUAUUGAUGUAUUUUAUUAAGUUGUAUGCAUGUGUGUGUGUGUGUGUGUGUGUGUGUGUGUGUAUGCGCGUAUGCGUGAUAGCCAUAGGACAACUUUCAGGAGUUGGCUCGCUCUUUCCACCUUGUGGGUUCCAGGGAUCGAACUCAGAUCUUCAGUCUUGGCCAGAGAUGGGUACUGAGCCGUCUCACCAGCCUAAGCUUUUUAAGUUUUAAAUCUGCAUGCUAGUUUUUCCCAGGGCAACUUCUUUCUCUUCUUGGACAUGGGCAGGGCUUAUGUUUGAGAAGCUCAGAAGGGAUUUUAGCACAGAAUGAAGACUCCAGGCCUAGGCUGAAAGUUAGGAUUCUUUGGGUAGGAAGGCAAAGACAGAGGGUGUGGCUUAGACAGAAGAGGUGGGGCUUAUAUUUGUGGGCGGAGCCUAUGAUGAAUAUUAUUUACUUCCGAGUCCAUGCUAAGAAUCUAGAGUCUCAGGCUGGACGUGGUAACACCGGCCUUUAGUCCAAGCACUGAGAGGCAGAGGCAGGUGGAUCUCUCUGGGUUUAAGGCCAGUUUGGUUUACAUGGCAAAUUUGGGGCCAGCCCAUCAUAUAGAGCUGGGAUUUAGGCUUUGAGGCGGCACCUAAGAGGCAGCCGGUAGGACCAGAAUUGGGGGUAGAGCCUAGGUGAAGAAUUAUGGGCUUGGUCAUCAGUUGUAUUGGUAGGUCUGUUCAGGAACUAGGGCUCCAGUUAGACAACUGCACUGUGUACUUUCGGUGUUCCACUACCUCUGCCUGCUUCGAAGGCUCUUCAUUUGUCCAUUGUUUGUCUCCAUUACUUUCCCCUCUUCCCCCUCACCUCCAGCCCAGGCCUGACUUCACCUCUUUCCCCUUCAUUUUUUAUGCUAUGCUGCCACUUAUUACCUACCUGUGUGACCCUGGGCAAGGGACUAAACCCCUCUCUGCCUCAAUGAUUCUCAUCUGUAAAAUGGGCAUAGUCAUGGGAGCACUUCCUUACCUGAAGGCCCCCAAACCGUUGCUGCCUACAGUAUUGCUACAUCUAUGUUCACAUUUGCUGCCAUUAUUCUCCUACUUCCUUAUUGUGGUGUGUGUGUGUGUGUGUGUGUGUGUGUGUGUGUGUGUGUGCCAGAGGUCAACCUCAGG